CCCACCCUCCUCCUCUCUCUGCUCGUGUUUUUUUCCUGAGCAGCUGCUGCAGCUCUACCGCCCGCCCUCCGCCGCCAAUCCCUGCAUUUUAAUCGGCUUCGUCCGCCUCCAUCUGCCGCCCUGCUCCCUCCGCCGGACCCCUGCGCGGGCUGCGCUGUGUUUUCGCUGAUUUUUUGUUGUAAUAUGAAUUUUGUGGCUGAAGCUGCAGAAGAUACACCCCACUACAGCCCUGUAUCCAGCUGAAAAACUGAGGCCCCACACUCCCCUGGACUCACUCACCCUAUCAGGGAACUGGCAUCAGCACGUAAGCUCCGCCCACCCCACCCUCUCAAUGAGGGACAAAGCCACCCAGACCCCCAGGGCCUGGGUAGAUGAGCGGAGGAGAGGCUCCCAUAAACGCUCAGCCUCCUGCGGCAGCACAGACCAGCUGAAAGAGAUUGCAAAACUGCGGCAGCAGCUCCAGCGCAGCAAGCGCAGCAGUCGCCACCGACGGGACAAAGAGCGCAAAUCACCUUUCAAUGGCAACCAUGCUAUUAUCCAAUCACAGUCUCAGAUGCCUAAAACCAUCCUGAUCCCCAUUCCCAUCUCCAAGUCCACACCCCCCCGCUUCCGAAACAGCAUCGAGGGCCUUAACCAGGAGAUCGAGCGCAUCAUCAUACGAGACACUCCAGAGCGAGAUGAGGUCAUCAUUCCACAGGACGUUCCCGAUGGGCACCGCGCCCCCCCACCUCUGCCCCGGCGCAGCAGCAGCACCCGCAGCAUCGACACCCAGACGCCCUCAGGGGGUGGCCUGGGCAAUCGUAGCAACAGCAGCAGCCGGGCAGAUUCAGUGUCGCCCUCGUACCUCAGCAUCCUGAACGACAUGGGAAACAGCCCCCUGCCCAACGACGACACGCUCAGCGAGAGCAGGGAGAAAGACCUUGGCCCCUACUCCCCUCUGCCCAAAUACGCCGCCUCCCCAAAACCCAACAACAGCUACAUGUUCAAGCGCGAGCCCCCAGAGGGAUGUGAGAAGGUCAAAGUGUUCGAGGAGAAUCAGCCGAGGCCUCUGCAGGUGAUCCCCCCAUACCUGUGUCCCGACAGAAACAAGGUGAACUUCAUCCCCAAGAGUGGCUCCGCCUUCUGCCUGGUGAGUAUCCUGAAGCCCCUGCUGCCCACCCAGGAGCUGAGCUUCCGCGGACCGGUGACCUACCGCAGCCUCUCGCCCUCCCUGGUCCCCAUCGGUUCAGUGGACGUGCGCAGCCUGUCGCCCUCUCUCGGACCCGUCCUGUCCCGCGGCCGACAGUCGCCCCGCCUCCCGCGACACCUGGAGGAGCCGGAGGGCUAGACUCCCUCCUGCAGCCGAACGCUGGAACUGCACCUACGUUCUCAACCACUCAGAGGAACCUCAUUAUUUCAAGGUGGACAAACAGUGACUGACUAAUCAUCCCAAAACCAGGCUCUAUCCUCAUCUGAUUCCAACAUCUCAAAGCUGUGACCACACCAGGGCUCGAGUUCUGCAUCCAAAUGAUCCUGAUCGUUUACCUGAAACUUGAAUGUGAGAACAAGAGAUGUAUCGGUACUAAUGUCUCUAUCUCUAUGGAAUCUGCAGCAUCUGUAGCAUACUGUCACUCUUAUGCAUAAAGAACUAAUGUCUAAUCAGCAACACAGCAGCUUUACAGGAGAAGGAAACAAAUGUCUUAACUAGCAGUCUAUAGUCUAUAGUCAUUGUCAAAAUUUUAUUCAAGAUUUAUUAUUUAUUUAUUUAUUAAUUUAGGAACAUGUUUAUUGGUCCAAUCAUCAUGAAACUAUGACACUCCAAGCAACAUGCUCAUGUGAUGCUCCUAAUAUGAGUGGAAUGUGGACUAGAUGGCUUUUCGAUGGGCAUGAUCUCACAUGUGUUGUCACUGGACAAAAAGGUAAAUGUCUGGCCUCUGGUUUCCAGUUGGUCUCCCCAUUCAGACUUCCCAUGGGCAUGUUACCUGGGGUACAAUAUAAAGAACAACUGCCUGAUUCGAAGUUUGUUAAAAAGUAAAAUACGAAACUUUCCUUUUUUAUAGAAUAAAAACAGGAUUUUUAAGACAUUUAUAAUAGAAAAAAGGUGCGACAAUCCAUUGGCCUAUAACAUAAGACCCUGUUUACACCUUAUCACUUCAUGUGAAUUCUAGGAUUUGGAUUAUAUUCUGAUUUUAGCCUCAUGCAUUUAAACUUAAACUUGUAGACAAAUGCAUCUCCUGAUAUUUAGACUGAAAUCUGAUGGCUGUGUAUGCAGAUUUGCUAAUUGUGCAGCAAUUAUUAAUGAUGUUUUGUUGUUGCUAAAUGCAAGUUGGAGAUAUUCAGAGAUAUAAUAGUUCAAAUGCAUCUCAGACAAUCUCCUGAAGUGGUUUGAGUGAUUGGAUUUGUAUCUGUUUUAAAUAAAAUACGGGGAUGUUUACACUUUCAUUUUUAUGUGGAUUGGCCUUACCAAGAUAUAAUCCUGAUGUCUAAACCACAUUAAGUGACCAGGUGUAAACAGAAUCUAAGGCUGCGUUCACACAGCAUGUAAAAGUGGCCCAAAUCAGAUUUUUGCAAAAGAACAAUGCUUUACAUGAAGUUUCAGUUUUAUCUUCUCCAGCAUCACAAGAGUUAUCAGCGAGUUCCUGUAGUGUCUGCGGCUGGGCUUAUCACAGAGAAUGCAUUUCAGGUCACUGUAAAAAGAACAUGUUAUUUGACCAUAACCACUUUGAUUUGCAUUUUUAAGCGUUUUAUUUUUCUUUUUUUACUCUGCAACAGUGGCCUUUUAUGGCCGCACUUGGCUAUUUCUAUAGAAUUGUCUUAAAUAACAUGGAGCAUUUGCGAUUUUUAGGUGUUUUACCGUAAUUUGGUUAUAAACUGAAAUAGCGGCCACACAUAUUAAUAUAUAGUAAAGUCUGGUACCUUACUAUCCUACCAAUGAAAUUCUUAUCAGACUGAUACAGAUAUUUAUUACAUUUUAAUACCACAAUGGAAUUGAAAAUGUUGGAUUCAGUGUGUUUUUUAUAACUCAUCAAAAGAUCAGAUUUGGGACACUUUUACCUGCUGUGAGAAUGUAGCCUACUUAAGUGUUUUGUUUUUUUUGUUUUUUUAUUCUACAGUUUCUGCAGAUGUAUUCCAUAGUGAUGAGGUAGUCUGAGGUAGAAACGUGAGCGUACUCUUUAAUGAACAGAUCUUAACCCUGAUGUAUUGUGUAAAUACGUAGAGAGCGUUUUUUGGCAUUGCACUGCUUUUUACAUUCGUUUUUCUUGCAUUGUACCAUCGAAGCCUUUUGAGAGCCACGUUUCUUUUUAUGUAAAUAUUUGCCUCCUUUAUCGUGAGUGGAAGUGACUUCUGGAGACUGUCUGCCAGCGAGGAGAACCUGGCACACAGCUGUGCCUACUCUCCCGAGGUGGUGCCCGGGCAUCGUGUACAGUAAAACACAAAGAGGAAUAAUGUAGCUAAUGAAUGAGAUGGACUUACUUAAAAAUGUGCCUGACGCUCACAAAAACCGUCUGUAGCAAACCCCGCCCAUUCCGGCCCCGCCCUGACCUUUCCCCGCCCCUGUUUUACUCCCGAGUGUACAGAGCCCCGCCCCUUUCCCUCACUCUACAUGCGCUUCGUGUGAACCGCUGGUCAGACGGGGGACUUGGUGCUAUGUUAUAUAUAUUUAUGCUGUUUUUGCUGUGGGUUGGAACAGGAAGUUAGAGUCUAUAGUGAUACAGAAGUGUUUAAAUGUUAGAUGCAGGUAAAAUGUAGCCUAGGAGAUUUCAUGUACAGUUGCAGUUGCAAGUGUACAUUCACUCAUGAUGGGCAUGAACUUCAUGGCAAUUUUGGGCUUUCAGUGAUUUUUGAACAUUUAGAUAAACGUUAGGAUUUUCUGUGUAUGUUCUUAAUUUUUUGUUUGUUAUUUAAAAUUAUAUUAGCACAUACAAGGUCAUAUAUAAAAAAUAUAAAAAAGAGACCGUUUCUCUGAUUUUGCUAUUUAUUGGUAUAUGUUUGAGUACAAUAAACUGAGGACAACAUUUCUCCCAAAUUCCAAAGAAAAAUAAAGUAUUUUUGGAGCAUUUAUUUGCAGACAAUGAGAAAUGGCUCAUAAAAGAAAUAACAAGAUUUCAGACCUUAAAUAAUGCAAAGAAAACCAGUUCAUAUUUAUAAAGUUUUAAUAUUUGGUGGAAUAACCGUUUAUGCCACUCCUGGUGCAAAAAUUUAGCUUAGUUGGAUGGCUUGUGAUCAUCCAUCUUCCUCUUGAUUAUAUUCCAGAGGUUUUCAGUUUGGUAAAAUCAAAGAAACUCAUCAUUUCUACGUGGUCUCAUUUUUUUCCCAGAACUCUAUAUAUAAGUCUCCUAUUAUCAUGUUAAAUAAUUGCACCUUGGUCAGACAUUUUCCGUUUGCCAUCAACAAGCCACUGUUGGUUUCCAGUCAGGGAACCAAUUUGAAAACAUAUUGCUGUGACAUUCAUGUUCACGAUGAGUGUGUGUAGACUUUUAUUCAUAAUUGUAUACACUACAGGCCAAAUGUAUGGAAACAAGUAGGCAUUUUUAUAGUUUAUAGCUAUAGAGUGUAGCUCAUUUGUUUUAUGUAAAGACAUAUUGAGUAUUACUUCCUAUUUUAACUCGAGUGUUGCUUCCAAACACUUGGCCUGUAGAGUAUGAGGGUGGUGUGAAAAAGAACAGGUUAAGGUGAGAGAGAAGUACUGGAGCAAAUGGAGAAGCAGGAGAGUAUGAGUGCUGGUUCCCAGGACACAGAUUAAGCUCAGAUUCAGACUAAAAAUGAUCAAUUUUGACACUAAGGAUUGCAAGUAUGAAAGUCCCAGGUCAUGCUGCUUCACCCUCAGCAGCCGGAGUCUGAGAGAGAAAAAUUAUACUCUUAUAUGCUCUCUUCCCACUUCUGUUAGCUGACGUAUGGGAGCUGCUUAAUAUAGCUUUAAACACACCUUAGCCAAUCAUGUGUGUUUAUGUAAAUGUUACUACUAGUCUACUAUUUACUAAGCUAAAUAGUCUGCCCUACACAUAGGAUUAAAAAAAUUGAUUAAACAAUGAUGGUUCCAAUCAGAACAGCGAGAUCUAACUGAAAUCUUGUUGGCAGGGUUUCAACACAGCACUAAAUGAACCACCGUCUGAAACAACUUUUACAUGUAAUCUAAUAAUUAAAAAUCAAUACAGUAUUGCAAUACAAAUCUUAGCGAUACAAGAUCGAUAUUUCUUAAGACCCCCGCAUACAUAGUACACUACUAAUUGUAUAAAAGGGACCUGUUUUGGUACCAGCCAAUCAUUAUAAAUUAUAAUUAAUUUCAGUCUAAUUCUAUGCCUAAUUUGUGUCCAGCAAACUGUGUACUGAUAGGAACUGUAGCAUCACUAUACCGUCAAUGACUACAUGAAUCAUACUGUGAAGCUUACAUUUCUUCCUUAAAAAAAACGAACAAACAAACAAAAGCAUCGCAGGCAAGCGUGAGAGAGUCCGAGUGCAUUGCCUUAAAACCUUUAAAAAUGAGUAAUGUUGAAAUUAGACGAACGGCUGUUAUUCCAUGCAGACAUGCCAAAUCCCUCACUAGUGCUCAUUGUAUAAUAGUUGCUGUGUGUGAAUCGUCCUGUUUUAAGUGACUGUAAAAUCUGAGUUUUUUUUUUUUAUCUUAUCUUAUUUUAUCUGGUUUUGAUUUUUUCAGUAUUGUACAAAAGCCUUCCAGCAUCCCAGGAUUUCUCCGACCAAAAUCUGUAAAAAGAAAAAAAAAAGACCCAAGCACACAACAAAAAAAAAAAAAUCUGCUCAAAUAAAAGGAGUUUUAUUUACCGUCUGGACAUUGGUCAUCACAUCGGCACGGUCACUGUAAAGAACUCAUUUGUCCAGUGCCCCGCCCACAAACAGAACAAUUCCAUUGUUUUAAUUUAAACUGAAACAAAGGCAUAUGUUGCAUAAAAUAAAUGGGUUGAAAGCAGCCACAAAUGGUGCCUGUGUACAUUCUUUCUGUUUAUUCAUGAAGAAAUAAAGAACAAAAGGCUUUUUACACAAAGGGAUGCACCGAAUAUUUAGCAAACCAAAAGGAAAAAAAAGCACUUUGGUGCUCGACUGUAUAAUUAAUGCUAAAUGAUGAAAUAUGAUAUAUGAUGUCACAUUGAAGUGUAAUCCUCUAACGUCAGGAUUGUGUUAAGCAGAGGUGGCACUAAAUAAUAGAGUGCUCGCUUGAGAUUGGGCAGGGAGAUACAAUAAAUGCCAGUUUACACUCUACUCUCACAUAAUUAAUGCAGAGUGUUAAGCAUUACCUAUUAUCACACUGUGGAUCAGUUUACUACCACUUCACAAAGUGGCUGUUUUACAGUUAAAAGAUACAAGAUGUACAGGACCAGGAUAGUAAUGUUAGUGUACCAAAAGUGUGUAUAUCGCAUUCACAUGUGACUUGAGUAGCAUUUCUAAAGUUAAUUCAUGAAUAGAUUAGCACUGCUGAGGUAAUUGUAAUGUUGCUAGUAUUUCCCACGCCCUUGAACUGGAAUGAAAAGGAGGAAUGCAAACUCAGGAUGUUUUGGACAGCGUGAAGCUGAAGCCCCCCCCCAAAAAGAGAAGAUACAGGGGAAAAAAAGGGGAAGGAAAGAAGGAUAUGGGUGGGUAUAUAUAGUGGGAGGAGUAAGGGCGUGGAUCAAUCUCCCAAAAUUAAGUUAUAUUCAUAACUCCAAGUACUUUGUAGUUACUGUUGGUGUGUCUGCUGCAAUAUUAAAAAUACUCAAUAUUCAGUGUUCAAUAAAUAUUUUUCAAUUGUGCUGUGGCCACUACUACCCUAGUCCUGUACAGUUUUGUAAUAGCUUUGUCUUUGAAAAGCAAGAAACGCACAUUUAAGCUAUUUAAUUUACUAAAUUGUGGGGGAAAAACUGCAAAUUUCCAAAAUAAAAACAAACAAAAGUA